ACGGCAUUGAUUCUGGCCUGUGGGGGACACUCGUGGCGGCAGCCAUGCCGGAGAGAGGCACGCAGUUUCCCCUGCCAGAAAAAGGGGUACAAACCCCGGAUAACUGGCCGCCUCCUCCACCAAAGUCUGCGGUGGUGUGGGGGACAAGAUACAAGAACCCUCAGCGACCAACUCUGAGGGUAUCCGCGCUCUCUCCCGUGCAAGAAUGCUCCGAGCCAGACGAGACACCCGGCCGGGGUGGUGGUCGGCGUCGCCGCCGCAGACGACGUAACUCGGCCCCGCCGGAUCCCGGAAAGGGCCCCGCCGAGGAGGGUCAACAGAAGUCUCGCCCUCGCCGCCGUAAGAAGAAAACCGACCCGCAGGCGCCUUUCGAUGAAACGUACGAAACCGUGCCUUUUGACGAGACGUACUCCGUCACCAGCGAGUCCGGAACCGACCAGAUCGGUACGACAACGGGUGAUGGGGAAAAUGUCGACGAAGCAAAAGCGCCAUCUACCGACCAGCCAUCAGAUCAGCAUCAGGAUGAGCGUCCAAUGCCAAAACCCCAGAGGACGCGCACUCGACGAUCCAAGCAGAAGAAACGACAAGAGGCCGUCGACAAUCUUGAAGAAGGUAAAGAAACGGAGGCGAAAGAAGAGACCACGAGAGAGGAGACCCCCACGGCAUCACCGGAGGACGUGAAAGGGGUUGCAGGGGACACAGGACGUACGGAGAGGUCUGGGCGCCGCCUGUUCUCAGAGUCCUCUACUGGAUCCACCGAACACAGGGACGACUGUACCAGUCAAGACGAAGACGCUACCGGCGAGAAUAAGAAGCCAAGACGGGAGCGCAAACGGCUGUUCUUUGAGCAGAAGUACGGAUACUUCCACUGCCACAACUGUGACUGGCGCUGGGAGAGCGCGUACGUGUGGUGUGUGGCAGGGACGGAUAAGGUAUAUUUCAAGCAGGACUGCCGCCUAUGCCAGAACGCUAUCAACCCGUAUUUUGUGGAGGGUCUCUACUGUGGUCGCUGCCGAGGGUCUCCGUGCAAGUGUACGCAGCGCCCCCGUGCGGACAUGGCCAGGCAGUACAACCAGGGCGAGCCCAACUCACGAAAGCUGCACCGCCGGGAGCUAUGCCAUCGUUGUCGAGACAAGCCUAUCCCUUGUAAUGCUAUCCCGAGUUUCAAGUACCAAGUCUAGAGAAACUGCCCUAAUAUGAAAUGUGAAUAUGAUAUGAAUUGAUAAAGAACAAUGUACGAUAAUUUUUGUUCGUAUUCACUCAAAAGGUUAUGAUAGCGAUUUUGACAUGCUGAUUCCUUGAUACCAAAUCUCUACUGUUCAUUGAACAUUGUUUUGUAUUUUUAUUGCUUAUGUUCGACGAAAAUUACAUCAAGAAAGGUUGACCAAAAAUAAAGUUAAGUCCAAUGCAUGUCAGAGACUUGCUUACGCGUUUCUGUAUUUACACCCUUGACAUGGUUUUAUCAUUUCUGAUUAGUUUUAUUUCUUUUUGAUAGUAAAGCCAUGUGACGGUGAAUGGAAAUGCAGAAUUAUAUACUAGAAUGGUACCCCAAGAAAAGUCAUAAUGUGAUUAUAUAUAUCAUGAGGCAGAUACUUAAAAGAAGUGAUUAUUUCGUACUGAUGGCAUAAUUUUUGUCGCCGUUUAUAAGAAAUAAAGAAAGGGAAGAGACAAGAAAAAUCAGCUGUUGUUGAUUACGUAUAUCAUGAGGCAUUGAUUAUUAAAAGUUAUAAUCUUGUUCUGA